AUGGGUAAUAAAAAUGGUACAUACGAUUCAUUAAUGGAUGAAACAAAAGAUUUACUCAUGAAAAGAACUGGUAUGUCACAACAUGAUUUAGAAGUAUGGUACAAAGCAAUAUUAGAUCGAUCGAAAAAAGGAAAAUUAUCUAAAGAUCAAAUGGUUGCAAUUUAUAAAGAAUUGAGUGAUGUUGAUUCAACCCGUAUUAGUGAUGUAGUUGAUGCUAUAGCAAAAGUUUUUGAUGAAGAUCGUAGUGGUAGUGUUGAUAUAAAUGAAUUUGUACGAGGUUUUAUUUUAACAACAAAAGGUGAUUUACAAUCAAAAAUUGAAUAUACAUUUCGAAUUUAUGAUGAAAAUGGUGAUAAUGAAAUAUCUGGUGAAGAAAUUAAAAAAAUGGCAAAUGCUAUUUUACGUAUGUUAGGUGCUGAUGAAACGCAAGAUGAUCCAGCAUCACAAGCUAUUGUUCAACAAUUUCUCGGACAAUUUACAGGUGGUGAACAUGGAGUUAUUCGUAAAAAUGAUUUUAUUAACGCAGUCUUGGAAAAUCGAGAACUUUUGGCAAUAAUUUCACCAUUUUAUGGUAUAGAUCAGCAAUAA